GCCUGUUGAUGUUGUGCUCUUGCGUUUACGAGCGACUAGAAUUUUAGCUAAAUUGCGAAUUAAAUUGCCAUUUAAAAGACAUCAGACGCUCGCAUUGUAUUUUAACGAGCUGUUUCGGUACUCCCGUGUAAAGGCCGGAAAUAGGAGGAGGUAAGACUAACAUUCAGAUGAACUGUUGAAGUGACAGCUUUCCAAUAUGACAGCUGUGGACGUGGAAGAUGAGAGUAUUCUGGCUUCAAUAUUUAAAGACAGCUUUCCAGACAACUGGAGAGACAACCCCGACUUCGCAGCCUACUUGUCCGAGCUCAGUUCAUAUGGCGUGGAGAAAUUAAACCGUGAACCGGAGCGGCUGGCGGAGGAGAGGGCGCAGAUACUGCAGCAGACCCGGGAGCUCGCCUUCUCCAACUACAAGACGUUCAUCCGCACCGCGGACUGCACGGAGGAGAUUUACCGCGACUUUGGCCGUGUGGAAAGCAGUGUUUCCAAACUCCUCGACAAGUUGCCCAGCUUCGGGGAAAAAUGCAGGGGUUUUGUGAAGGAGGCGGAGGACAUCGGGGCGAGCCGGCGGAUGAACAGCCUGACUCUGAACCGUCACACAGAGAUCCUGGAGAUCUUAGAGAUCCCUCAGCUGAUGGACACCUGCGUCCGGAAUGGUUACUACGAGGAGGCUCUGGAGCUGGCAGCGUACGUCAAGAGACUGGAGAAGAAGCACUCGUCUCUACCUGUCAUCCAGGGCAUCGUUCACGAGGUGCGUCAGUCGGCUCAGCUCAUGCUGAACCAGCUGUUGCAACAGCUUCGUAGCAACUCCCAGCUUCCUGUGUGCCUGCGUGUGAUUGGCUACCUACGCAGGAUGGACGUGUUCACGGAGGCGGAGCUACGGGUCAAGUUCCUGCAGGCGCGGGGCAGCUGGCUCCAUUCCAUCCUGUCCACUGUCCCUGAUGAGGACCCUUACUGCCACAUCACCAAGACCAUCGAGGCCUGUCGCGUACAUCUGUUUGACAUCAUCACCCAGUACAGAGCCAUCUUCUCUGACGAGGACCCCCUGCUGUCUCCCGGUGUUCACGGCCAGGCGGUGAACGAGGGGGCCAUCUUCCACGGCUGGGUGGUGCAGCAGGUGUCUGAGUUCCUGGUGACCCUGGACCGAGACCUCCAGAGGGGGGUGGGCGGACGCCUGGACUCCCUGCUGGGACAGUGCAUGUAUUUCGGCCUGUCCUUCAGCCGUGUUGGGGCAGACUUCCGCGGCCAGCUGGCCCCGAUGUUCCAGCGCGUGGCGGCCGAUACCUUCCGUAAAGCUGUAGAGGAAGCCAUAGACAGGUUCCAGGAGGACAUGAACCUGUACACUCUGAUCUCUCUCCCCUCUAUGCUGGGUGGGGGCUCCAUGCCAGGUACCCUCCAGCCCCCCAGUACCCAGCCAGGUACCCUCCAGCCCCCCAUGGCUCUGCUGGACUUCCCCCCUCUGGCCUGCUUCCUCAACAACAUCUUGACGGCCUUCAACGACCUCAGGCUCUGUUGUCCCCUCGGUCUGGCCCAGCAGGUGACCAAGUACCUGGAGGACGCCCUGAUGAAGGUCACCAAGUUGAUCGUGGCGUUCCACCGGGCUGAAGAGACGGCCUUCAGCGACCGAGAGAAGGAGCUGUUUGUCCAAUUCUGCUGUUCCUUCGCUGAGGACCUUGUGCCUUUCCUCAACCGUUGUCUACAGGUCCUGUUCCCCCCAGCACAGCUCUCUGUCAUACUGGGUGUCCCUCCAACUCAAGUCCACCAGUACAGCGGUCUGGGUUGUAUCGAUGUGAGUCCAGUCCUGGAGCCUCUGGCGUUUGUUCUUCCCAAGAGGGAGACGGUGACUCCGGUGGGAGAAGACCUCAGUGUUGAGCUGGACGGUCUCACCACAGCUGAUCCUCAACCAACACUUCCUGUUGACAACCUGGGACUUCCUGAUCCUGAACCAAUAGCAGGCCCGGAACCUAUUGAGGAUCUCAUGGUCUCAUCCACCAUAUCUACUGAGUUUGUGUCCGAGACAGGUCUGACCUCUGACCCUGAACUGGAAGCCAUUUUGAACGACCCGAACCCUGUACUGGACGACCCAGAGAGACCAAGGGCUGACAGCCACCGCGAAGUACAGGAAGACCCUGAGUUGGAGGCCAUACUGAAUCCCCCAAAGCCUGUACUGACCGCCCCAGAACAUAACCCAGUCCUAGAGCCUGUACUGACAGCCCCAGAACAUAACCCAGUCCUAGAGCCUGUACUGACCUCCCCAGAACAUAACCCAGUCCUAGAGCCUGUACUGACCGCCCCAGAACAUAACCCAGUCCUAGAGCCUGUACUGACCGCCCCAGAACAUAACCCAGUCCUAGAGCCUGUACUGACCGCCCCAGAACAUAACCCAGUCCUAGAGCCAGAGCUAGACAGUGAGCCAUCAGAGCCUGAGGUAAACCCAGAGGUAGCAGAGUUAACUCUCAGGAGUGUUGGCAAGGUAAACGAACAAUAGCCUUGAAUUAAUGUUUUGAAUCUCAGCUAGUGUGCAUUUUUACUAGUUAAUUUACCAUUUUCAGGAAUGCUUUAGCUUGUAUAUACUGCCAUCUAAUCUGGGUUUGACACUGUGGUAACUGGACUAUGUAAUACAUUUAAACUAGUUUCUUUCUACUGUAAGAUGGAUCUUCAUUAUUAAAAUAUAUCCACAACA